AUGGAUACAUCACUCGAAAUUGACAAAGGCUGGCAUUACGAUAUCGCUCUUUGGCAAGUACAUGAUACUGAGAAUGACUGUGAUUUGGUCAUCCGAUCUAAUUCUGGCCACGUGUUCUAUUGUCACAUUUGUCCCAGUCAGUUUGUUCGAUCUCCCUCCGUCGCAUCGCAAUACUUCAAGUGUCUUCAACUCUUGAGAACUGGCGAAGUCGAAAUCGAUGACUUCUACGAGGAGGAUGCUUUCGAGUGGUUGCUAGGUUGCUUUGAGCCUUUGAUAACCAAGCUUGCAUCUUCUUCAGACCUUGAUGUCACUGCAGAGCCGACUUUGGCUGAUUACUUCUUCCCCAAAGAAGCCUUUGUCUGUGGUUUGACAGCCAUGGAUGAUAAGUUGGUGCCCCAAGAACUUGACAAAAAGAAUCACGGCUGGAGUAGCCCGAUCGUCAAGUUCGACGACGAUUUCCUGGAGGAUCUCAACACUUGGACGGAGCGCUACACGCCAUGGCAGGUUGAUAUAUCCUACGCUGGACCAGAUGAGAGUCUGAUCAAACCACCUAAGCGCACCAUGGUAAUCAGCAGAGAUGGAGAACCGAUCCCUUGCUUCUUCAAAAGGUUCGGGCUCUCUUUUGGUCCCUCACACGCGAGAAAAGAACUCAUGACAUUAAAGAAGAUCAUCGAGGCCCAGAUACCCGCGCCACCCGAAGCACAUAUCUGCCGUCUAAUAGGGGUAGUUCGGCAAGGUGAUGGACUGCUCGGAAUGUUAUUCGCUUGGAUUCCUAACAAGGGCGUGCUGUCCAAGGCAAGAGCUGCAGCGAGUCCUCCAGAGUUGAGAAAGCGAUGGGCUUCUCAGAUCCAGAGAUCAGUAGACCAUCUACACAAGAAGGGCAUCACAUGGGGUGACGCCAAAGCUGAGAAUGUUCUUAUAGAUCAGAAUGAUGAUGCUUGGGUUAUUGACUUCGGGGAAGGAUCCACCGCGGGCUGGGUAGAUGUGGAUAAGGCUGGAACACUCGAAGGCGACCGGCAGGGUCUUGCGAAGAUUCAUCAUAUGUUGGCAUAA